CUCCGGGGUGUGGCAUCCCUUGUCCCGCCCUGCGCCCCUCCUCCCCUACCCCGCGCCGGCCAGUGGUCGCUCUACUACUCUCUUUGCUCUGGUCGCUUGCAGACACCUGCCGACCAUCCAACUUUCGCAGGACCAUGGCCAACCUCGAGCGUACCUUCAUUGCUAUCAAGCCAGAUGGCGUGCAGCGUGGCCUGGUGGGCGAGAUCAUCAAGCGCUUCGAGCAGAAGGGGUUCCGCCUGGUGGCCAUGAAGUUCCUUCGGGCUUCUGAGGAACACUUGAAGCAGCACUACAUUGACCUGAAAGACCGACCUUUCUUCCCCGGGCUGGUGAAGUACAUGAAUUCGGGGCCUGUGGUGGCUAUGGUCUGGGAGGGGCUCAAUGUGGUGAAGACAGGCCGAAUGAUGCUGGGAGAGACCAAUCCAGCUGAUUCUAAGCCAGGCACCAUUCGAGGGGAUUUUUGCAUUCAAGUUGGCAGGAACAUUAUUCAUGGCAGUGAUUCAGUGCAAAGUGCACAGAAGGACAUCAGUCUAUGGUUUAAGCCUGAAGAACUGGUUGUCUACAAGUCUUGUGCUUACAACUGGGUGUAUGAGUAG